CUUAAACUUUAUGACAAUUUACAAAUUAUUUGUAUUCAUGAAUUUUCUCUGAGUUUAUUUUUAAUGAUGAAUCUUUCUAAAUUGUUUUCCAGUGGAAGAUACAUUGGUAAAAGUUUAAUUUACAAAGCCAUUCCAAAAAGAUAUUGUAGCUAUGAAGCACCGAAGGAUGAUUCGGCCAAUGAAGAGGAGUGCACAUCAGACAAAAAAGCUUUAGAUGGCAGCAAGAAAGGCCUGGUGCUGGGCGUGUACGAGGCCGGCUCCAAGUUCGAGCUGACGGCGGCCGCGCAGGAGGUCAACCAGAAGAGCGGCGGGAAACUCUGCCAGCAUCUGAAUGAGCUGUCGUGCGAGCUGAAGCCCGGCAAGGCGUUUGUGGUGACAGGUCUUCUGCCGGAGUACGGCGCGGCGGCGCUGGCGUCGCUGGGCCCGCGCGAGCCCGGCUUCGACGAGCUGGAGCAGCUCGACUUGACCAGGGAGAAUGUUCGCGUGGGCGUGGGCGCAGCGGUGCGCGCUUUACAAAAGCGCGGCUGCGGCGAGGUUCACGUGGACGCGGCCGGCGCGCCCGACGCCGCCGCCGAGGCCGCUGAACUCGCCGCCUGGAGGUUCCAAGAGUUCAAGUCGUGCGGCGACCGCGCGCCCGAGUGCAAGGUCUCCCUGUAUGGCACGGAAGGCGCGGGUCUCUGGCGCGAGGGCUCGCUGCGAGCGCGCGCGCAGAACUGGGCGCGCUACCUCGCAGACAUGCCCGCCAACAACAUGACGCCCGUCGACCUCGCGCAGGCCGCCCUAGACGUACUAUGCCCGCUUGGAGUGCAUGUACAAGCGCACGAUCGCGACUGGAUCACGGCACAGAACAUGCAAGCCUUCAUGGCCGUCGCGCGAGGCUCCUGCGAGCCGCCCAUGUUCCUCGAAUGUAUCUACAAGGGCGCCAAGGAUAAUCAGCCGCCCGUGCUUAUUGUUGCCAAGGGAGUCACAUUUGACAGCGGCGGGCUGUGCCUGAAGUCCUGCUCGAGCAUGACGGAGAAUCGCGGCAGUAUGGCGGGCGCCGCCGUCGCGCUCGCCGCCAUCAAGACGCUCGCGCAACUCAAGGUGCCGAUCAACGUGUGUGCGUGCAUACCGUUGUGUGAGAACAUGGUGAGCGGGCAGUGCAUGAAGGUGGGCGACGUCGUGCGCGCGCUCAACGGGCUCUCCAUACAGAUCGAGGACACGGACAUGGAGGGCCGGCUGAUGCUGGCGGACGCGCUGGUGUACGGGCAGGCGCUGCACCGGCCCGCGCUCGUCGUCGACGUCGCCACGCUCACACACGGCGUGCUGCUGGCGACGGGCGGCGGCGCGUUCGGCUGCUUCAGCAACAGCGCGCGCGCCUGGGCCUGCCUGCAGCGCGCCGGCGCGCUCACCGGCGACCGGCCCUGGCGCUUCCCGCUGUGGUCCUACUACCAGCGGCAGAUCACCAACGACCCAUCUGUCGACCUGAGAAACAAAGGCUCCGGCAAAGCUACUCCUUGCAUCGGCGCUGCCUUCCUCAAGAACUUCGUGUGCUCGGACUGGUUGCACCUGGACAUCACGGGCGUGGGCAAGGUGGCGCACGGCGCGCCGGCCUACUUGCGCGCGCGCCGCAUGACGGGCCGGCCCGCGCGCACUCUCGCGCUCGCGCUACAGCACGUGGCCGACGCCUGCCGGGACAAGGACAAGCCGAGCCAGCCGGCCGAGGCUUGA